AUGGGGACCGUGACUGACUAUUCAGUUCUGCCUUUGUUGUCAUCACCUCAUUUCGAGGAUUUGUCAUCGCGAGUUAUCAUUCCUUUCGUCCUUGGUAUCUAUGCAGUCUACUAUCUUGUUAGUGCCCGAUCGGUAAUUGAAGAACAUGCCUACUGACCUAUUUAGCGCCCAAAGGUGUACGCACGUCCGUCAAAAAUGUCAUAUUUUUUCACAAAGCACAUGGAGUCCGUCAGAGAAGUGUACACACCGUUUAUUUGGGGCUUUACGGGUCGCAUGCAGACGUUACUUCGCCCAUUAUUCAAGAGGGUUCCAAAGCUAAAGUACGAAGAGUAAGUGCAAGUCUUAUCAAUGUAACAUGCGGCCAGAGAAAUGGUUUCCUUUUCAGAUGGCGGUGAGGUGAAGUUGUCCUGGUAUUCAGACGCGCCAAAUGUUGAUGAAUCCUGUCCAAUUGCGAUAAUUCUACCUGGCCUCACGGGCUGUGCGUGUAGCCAUUAUAUUGCUACAAUUGUCCGAAGCAUCGCACAGCAAGGAUACCGGUUCGUUGAUUUACGACAGAACAUAUUGUUUCAACAGAACCCCAGUGUAUAUCAUCUUCAAACAUAGACAAAUUAUAGUUGAGGCUAUAGCCUCAAUCUUUACCGAUGGGACCUUCGUUCCAAACGUUUACUUCAAAUAAUUUAUUGAGUAUCUUUUGUUUUCCUUCAAGAUCAUUCUCACUUUUCGUAGGUUAAGCCAUUAAUAGCGACUUUUUGCUACGAUCCGACAAAUAAAAUAUUUGAAAACAAUCUGCGGCUGGAUGUAGAAAGGUCAAGGUGGUUCACCUCUACAUUGUGGCUUCUUGUCUGAUUGCACAGUCUUCUGCAUAAUACGGCGUUUCUCUAGCAGAAUCUAGGAUGACGUUGAAUCCCUGGAACACUUUAGUGGGCUUUUAAAAAAGGGGGCGCGGAUGGAGGCGAAAAACAUUUGGGCAAGGCGCGAUUAUUUACAGCGUCGCAAAGAGAACACGGGAAGUGAAUAUGGAGUACAAGCAUAAAUCAUUGGUAAAUGCAGCAGCAAAAACUUCUUGACAAUCAGAAAAGCCCAGUCAUUGGCUAACAGCCCUAAAUAGAGCACACAAAUAGAAAAUAACCAUAAAAGGGCGCCCAGCAGAUAAGUUUGACCGCAGCAAAGGACGAAGUCCGCCGCACAUAAAAAGGGCAAAACCAGCACUUAAACAUGAACGUGCUUACUUAUACUGACUUACUUUGAGUCUUCCACAUUCUAACUCAGCCGUCCUCCGUGGGCGACGCGUCGGCUGCUAGAGUUACGUGGCCCAUCCACGAUUACCGGGCACCACCUGGUUCCUAUCCUUAAACGUGUCCAGCUUCAAUCAGGCGUUUUCGAUCAUGUAAACGAGAAAGUAGUCAGUGUAGCCCAUCCCUCAGCCUUGGAUAUAUCGUCUUUCACCGGUUGCCUUCAUGGACGCAACAUUUAACGCGUUGUAGUAGAUUCAAACGCUUCCGAACUAUUGUAGGGAGACAUGUUCUGAUUGGCCAUGAGAAUGAAUUCCUCAGUAUCGGACUCUUUUCCUCUUUCCCCACAUGCACCCGUACACUGUCCGAGGCAGUAGACUGACUGAAAAUUAAAAUUGGUGCAGUGACUUGCAUAGCACGAAAGUCAACCUACAGUGUACCGUAUGCAAGAACGACCGAUAUAAUGACCACGUACAAGCCCUGCGCAGCCUAGUAGACGCGUGCUACGUACCAGUAUGACCAGAAUAUGUACAAAUCUGUGCACAAGCCCAGAGGCUAAUGCAUGCACAUGACUGUGUCUAAUUGGAUACGCUUAGAACGUCAGUCCUUAUUAAUUUAUUCCCUCUUCGACUUUCGCAUGAAAUUACGACGUUCCUCUAAAACUAACUACGUGAAUGUUCCGACGGCCGUCUUGUUCAGAACAUGCCAUGUAUGGAUUUUUCCGGUCUAGCGCUUUACCUCGCAUGUGACUUAUGCGAAAUUUAGUAGUGCCCGCUGACAAGGAAAGUGUGACUGCUUUGAAGGAACACGCGAGCCUCUGCGUCAUUACUUUUAUUUACGAUCAUUUAAGCUUCGCCAAGAUUUGCAUGCAGACCGUGUCAACUUGCGGAUUCUGGGUCGUUAGGGUCAUUGUGCCUGUCAAGCCUUAAAGUGAAGGAGUAACUUUUGUUGCUUUAGACUAACUUUUUUUGCAAAACCUCGCUGCGACGAGGGAGGUAUGUGUAUCAGAUUUAUCACCAAUAUUUGAUAUGAAACCGUACGAAACCUGUUUACAGGAAGCGGGGGUUCAUGGUGAUUUUUCACGCGUCCUUAAGUCAGGCAAUGAACUUUUGUUGCUUGGUAGCCACCUGUAAAUGCUAAUUUAUUAGUGCCGAUGCGCAUUUCUACCGCCCCCCGUUUCGCGGCAAGGCCAGCAUUUGAGUUGGUCUCACAUUCUCAGGUUGAGUGUGGGCGCAAUUCUAAAUAUAUCGACAAUAGUUAGAAGGUACCUGCACAAAUUGGUGAGUGGCAGUUCAGUCUUUUCUUAAAAACCUGGAAUGGUUUUUUGCGGAGUCGCAAUUUUUCAGAUUCCUUUGUUAGUGAAUAGCUAGUCAUUCAAGUCAUUUUAAAGAUUAAGGCAAAAAUUGACGGAUGUUUUUGACAUAAUGAACAAUUUGGUCGACGCAAACAAAACAGCUGCGACCCUAUAUUGAAGUUUCGCUUAUAGUCAUAGCUGCCGCAUUCGCGCUUGUGAUUUACGUAGCUACCUGAUGACAUAUACUGUACUACUUUACCUGUCGGCUACGGAAGUAUACUUAUUUUUGUCUCCUUUUGCUCGCGAGUUCAUUCUUCUAUUUUACUGCCUUUAGAUGUGUUGUCCUAAAUAAUCGCGGGACCUGUGAGCAGAAGUUGAAGGUCAGUCUUUUUCAUCCUGAGUUCCAUCUGUCGACCAUAAUGUUUUGUCACAGACUAGUAGUCGAUUUUGAGCUGAAGUAUCGUGUGGUUUAACCUGUCAACCGAUUCGAGAACCAAGAAUUAAUUAGUUAACGUAAUCCUAGGCGGCCGUCUUUUGACAUCGGCUUAUCCUUUGUUUAUUCUAAUACCUCUGUUUUUGGUUUUUCGGUGAAUUGUAGCUGCUGACGGUGUGGCAGCAUUGGUAAAUAUGGCAUAUAAAUGUUUAAUUAAGAUAAAUUCUUCGAGAAGGUAAUCAACUCCAUUCUGUAAAUUGUCGAUGCCAGACACCCAGAUUGCCCGACAAAUGUGCAAACAUUUAACUUUUUAAGCGUAUCUUACAAAAGACUCUGUUGUCGGCUGUAGUUUGUGCUAAUAGGCGGACUCGCUGGUCAACGUGCUUUUAGUCAAACGCCCGAAUAUUAAGCCACGGGCUCGUCCUGUCGUCUGCCAUCCAGGAUAUUAAUUCGCGUGUAAGGGUAUUCACCGAUCUACUUUCAGCAGGCCACAUGCUAAUUCACUUGUGGUGUUUGAGUUCCAUCUAAAUAACCACAGAGUGGGAAGUACUAAGUCGAAAAUACCGACGAAAGCCGGGGCGGCCGUGAUGGUAUUUUCGGCUAACUAAUUGCGUUAACCAGUCAGAAACCUACCCUGGAUGACCUCUGUUAUUCAAACCGUAGGAGAGUAAGUAGCGCACAAUCCUUUCAUUCUUUUAGUUUGGAUAAAGUUCUGAGUAUCAACAGCGGUGUACAGAUCUGCAGCCGCACCUACUUCGGAUAAAGAAUAGUGCACUGAAUUUUCACCUACUUGCUUACAGAAGGAAUUACGAAAUCUGCUUGGUUGGUUCUUAGGUCUUCUGUCACAUAUAGCUCAUUGCCUUUUGUGGCAGAGAGCUAAGAGCGAUUGCCUUCGUCAUCCCCAUUCACAGUCUUCUUCCUCCUCUCACUUCCACCACCACCACCACCACCACCACCACCACCACCACCACCGCCACCAGCUGCUGCUGCUACUGUAUCGUAGUCAUCGCCAUAAUUACAGUAACUUGCACGACCACCGGACAGAAUCUCAAUCAUUUAAAGUAUGCUCCUCGAAGCGCGGUGAGGUAAACCGCCAAACGCUUUGAAAGUAGUGGGAGAGUGACUCAAGGUUGUUGCUAUUCCUAGUUUAACAUAACUUCAGACGGUCUUUAACGCGAGGAAUAUGCACGAUCGUCAAUUUUUCUUGGCAAUUACUUUGCUGACCUGAUGUGUCUCGACGCUCUCUUUCAGUCCUUUCCAGUUUGAGCACAUUAUGCAUGAUUAUAGGACAACUUAGCUGGGUAAAACGCAGUACAUGGUUGCCGUUUGUGCCAACAUGCAGGGGACUUUCCGUAUAACACACACAAGGACACACAACACAUUUCUCUGCCAUCUGAUCACGCUACUGGACUCUUAUUUUGCCUCCUGCUUAAAUAACCGGCUCUUGUAUGCCCCAGUCGUCAUGGAACUAUCAAAGUGUGCAAAUAAUUUAUCAAAGGAAUGUUGUAAUGCACAACUGAACUCCUUUCCUGCUACGUCUGUAGAAAUGUGAUUCGCACAUAGAUAGAACUGCCCACUUACAUGGCGAGUAUUUUUACUGUGACCGUAUAAACGAUGGUCAGCAGCUUUUAACCUCACUGUGAUUACUAAGCCGCGUCUAUGCCGAUUUAUUGCAUAGGGUUAGCUCAAGAUCGGCAAGUUGAGAUUGAUCAGUCUAAACUAAAUUGCACGUCACUUAGAAUUCUAAAUGGGUGCUCUUGGAACAGGCCCUGGCUUUCUGAUGUGAGGUGCGGAGGGCCUUUUCAAUGUUGUGUCCCCGAUAGUUCUCAGGGAUGCUAUUCCCACUGCUAUGGGCGGAUGAUGGUGCAGUCGUUUGUUCGGCAGACAAUCUUCACAGAUUGCUGACUCCGACUAUCUUCGCAUUUUUCUGGCCUUCCUCUUUGUCAUUAUCAGUGCUAAUUAUAGGAGACUUUGUGCAAAUCUAAAUCGAAUGACUAACGAGACGGACUUUUGGCAUUAGCGAAACUCAUGCACCUUACUUGCACCUACUGAUCAACGUCGGACAGUCAUGCGAACUAAUCGGUCUUCCCUCAUUCUUGACUCUUAACGCUUUUCCGUUUCCUUGCGAAGAGAGUGUUCUGUUGGUAUCCGUGACCGGGCACCUCAUAUUGCAGACCAGUGCCAUUUCGAUCGAGAUUGCCCAAGAGGCUUUGUAUGUUCAGAAAUCUCCUGUAUAUAACACGUUUUUUCUCUGUCUCCCUCUCUUUCAUUCUCUCGCCCUCUAUCUAUCGAAUAAGAGACAAGUAAAUCAUUUUUUUGUCUACGGCACACGACUACCAUGACAAAUUUCUCGAAGUGCGCCCUCUCCAGACCUUGAACAUUUUGGAGACACGAGUCCCAUUAAAACGGAUUUACCAGUAUUUAACGGAACUAUGUCUAUCACCGGUGCCACAACUUUACCUCUCUGUGGGAUAGGAAAAAAUGGUGACAUUAGGCCUGGUGCGUAUUUUAUUGGCAUUUUUUUCGCACACAGACUCCUCGAACCUACUCGGCUUCUGACACGGAAGACGUCUCCGAGGUCAUCUCACUUAUUCACAGGCGUUAUCCCCGUGCACCGCUCACUGCCGUCGGUAUCUCCCUGGGCGCGUAAGUGACCUUUCAAUCCCUCUGUUCAGGAUGAAUUCGUUUCCUUUUAAAAAAUUACCUGACGAGCUACACACACACACACAGUCUUGUUCAGAGUCGAGUAAUUGCAAGAUGUACGGCUUCAUGGGAUUUCCAUAUUCUCGGGACGUAGUUACAGGAUCUUCUACUGGGUGCUGCGGUCGGUGCGAACCCCUCCCUCCGUCUGGAACUGCAACUAAAGUCCGCUCUAGUAUAAAACGAACGUUCUUGUCAGUCCACUGUUUGGAGCGUGGGCUUCUCGAAAAUACGCUGCCUUGUGUGGGUUUGUGCCACGUGAAUUCCACCAUCACAUUGGGAUGUUUCUUUUAUUCACGAUGUGUUGGUACGUACUGGUUCCAUCCUUGCUUUCUCGGUGGCGGCUCCAGUGCAGCUUCUGUCGAAGCUCAUUUCCUAUUCCCUGGACUUGUAUCGCCGAUCUGUCCCUCACACUUCAUUCCUUCAAAGAUCAGCGGAAAAGUCUUCCGAAGGAAUUGAUUUUGCUGACAGGAGGAUUUUCCUUUCCUCAUUUGGGUGAAGCAGAUGGGAGAGAUUCUAGAACUAAAUUCUUCACAACCAUCUAUAGUUAGAAUUACGUCUUUCCUUGUUUACAUGCUUACAGCAAGACGUCGAAAAUGUUCGCAUGAGACCUUUUCGUGGUUAGAUUUUGUCGACCGGAAGACUUCCGCAUUGGAUGACGUUUUCCAGCCCUUCUCUUCACGACUGCGAAUGUCUCGUCCAAUUGGCGAAGUCGAACCUUCGCCUCGACAUUUUCCCCUCACCACUGCGGCAUUAGUUCAACAAAGAGCCGUCAUGCUUCCAUGCAUGUGGGGAUCAAGGAGAGUUUGGAUUUGCACUGGUCUGCAGUCUGAUAGACUAUGCUGUUAUUUUUUUAACUAGUUGUCUUAUGGAUGCAUCUUUCGAAACUCUUUUGAUACACAAAUUAUUAUUAUGUCACCAAUGAAACAAGACCAUCGCAUAACGUCAUAAAAGAGUUAAACUUCUUGUUGCCAAGCCGUCAGCAAUCUGGUUUGUUUUGAUAUUUCGCGAUUUCGUUGAACACGACGUUCGCAAACCAGUACCGUUGCUGUCACUACGGUGAAUUAUGCAAUGUUUGUAUAUUACUGGUGGCCUAUUGGCAGUUGGUAAAUUUUACGAGGUUAUCCCACUGCAGCUGAUGGAUUUCGGCCCAAAUAUUCCUAUUAAGCUUCACCCGACCUACCCCACAUUAACGCGUUAAUUUCUGAAGAAAUUGAAAAAGCUAAAAUUUCGAAACUGACGUACCUACCAGUCAACCCACGACGAAGGCUGGGAACCCUAGUGAUUAGCCGAACCCUUUGCAGCUGUUUCACUCAGCGGCAGAAUAUCGAUGAAACAGUCGUGUCUGAGCUGUCAGUAUGGUAACUCAUGCAGCACAUAGAAAGUAGUCUAUAGGAGCUCCAACAUUUGAGGCUACUAGUCAAGGGUUAACAACUAAGACUUGAAAGUUUUCUGUAGACCAUCCUCAAUGGCUUGUCAGUAGCGUCGUAGGCCUAUUUUCUUGCCCCCUCCCUUGUUUUUUGCGUUUUUCUUGCCCUUGUUUCUCUUUUCCAAUUUUCCCUUCUCGCUUUCUUCCCCUUCUUCCACAUCUCCCCCUUACGCCGUCUUGCCAACUGGUAAUUAUAUGUUUCCACCUUUUAAGCGUAUGAAUAUCCUUGCUCGUGCGCAGCUUCGCGUCGUGGGUGUAAGAGCCACACUAACCGCUACACGGUGAAUGUCUGCGUUUGACUCCUAACCCAUAAGUGUUGCUUUGGUAGGCGGCGCUCACCAAUCCUUCUUACGGAACACACUCGUUCCGUUGUGGCUUACGGGCCCUCCCUCGAGCCCAACCAGCAGCCGCACAGCGGCGCAUCAUAUAGGCAGUAUGUUAUUACCGACAAAGACAAGGGAGACUGUAAUGGCCAUGUCUGAGCCACGAGCCCGUUGCCCUCUCGAUUUCGAUCGGGAAUAUACAAUGGUAGCGGACGCUCACCGAUCCUUCUUACGGAACUCACUCGUUCCGUAUUGUUUUGUCUAUCCAUCCACGUUACUAACUGGUACUUAUUAGUCGGUCGUCAGCCAGCCAUUACCCAACCCCGAAGUGUGGAACACCCGAGGCUCGAACUCGCGAUCCGUUAGUUAGAAGUUCACGCCUCUAACUACUGGGCCACGAGCCCGUCGCCCUGUCGGUUUCGAUCGGGAAUAUACAAUGGUAGGGACGCUCACCGAUCGUUCUUACGGAACUGACUCGCUCCGUAUUGUUUUAUCGAUCCAUCUAUGUUAAUAACUUAUACUUUGCCUGAUUACAUCUAGACUCAUUCUCUUCAACUACAUCUCCUCCUUCGGUGAAGAGGCGCUCUCGGAGGCCAACGACUUGAAGCUGGCCCCAAAGAUGGAAAACGGCGACAAGAAGUGUCCCCUCCAGGCUGGAAUGUGCAUUUCAAUGCUAUGGAAGCUGGGCGAGUCGUCACGGAGUCUGGAAAGACCUCUGGACUGGUUGCUCUUCAAUCGCCCGCUCACAUCACUCCUCUGCAGGAUUGUUCACAGGAACGCUGACGUGCUGUCGGACAAAUUUGAUGUUCCCCGAAUUCUCCGCGUAAGCCCACGUAAUUCUCUCCCUCUGAAGUCUUCUGUUUGCAAGUUACAAGUAACCAUCGGCGGCGACUCACUAUAUUUAAAAGUAAGCCAGACUCUCUGUACGUUCACAUGGUUUCGAGGCACAAGGUGUUCACGCCACUCACUGAUCGCGGUUAAUUACAAUAUCCCUUUUCGGUUUGAAACAUUGAAGCACGCUUCGUGCGUUACUUGUAAGGGAAUGACAUUCUUAUACCUCGUAUAUUUCUAAAUCGACAUUCUUACUCAUUGCACGCCAUCGACUAUCCGAGCUGAUUUUCCAAACUUGUUGCAUGCUUAACAGUCAAAUCGGGAAGGUGGGAGAUGAGUAUUGAGUAAAGGAGCGCUCGUGCCUUUAUGGACCAUAAAACUCUUGCAUUUGUCUUUCUUGAAGGCGUACACGCUCACUUUAAGCACUACCCAAUACACGCAGGCCGAACCGAGCGAGCAUGCUCUGCUCUACAAUCGAACAGGGGAAACCUCAUCUUCAGUUUACUUUACGUGUCCGAUCGCAACCAACAGGGCAGUCAACCGAUGGCUCAACAUCACGGCAUUUGACUUUAAUGCCCAAUAACCGAAAAACCCGUGUUCGAACUUCAUGAUAUUUCAACCUGAAUGGAAGUGACUUACAGGGGGCAAAUAAGACGCAGACGCUUGUUUCAGUAUUUCUCGGAAUUUUUGCUGCGUUGACUCCUUGAUCUGCGGCUCCGUUGGCCAUGAAAAGGCGCUGAAGACGUUUAGUUAUGAUACCGAAGGCCCCCCUGCCACGAGCUGAGACAACAACUGUCAUCUACCGGGUCCAAUGCAGCUCUUGUGAAGCCAACUACAUCGGAGAGACAGGCAAACGGCUAAAAACUCGUGUUAACGAACUAAAUAAACGCCCGGACAUGUGUUUCGCCGAUGUUCUGUCCUUGCGUGACAUAACUUCGGAAGAUUCGGCUCUUCAGUGGGUCCUCCAGCGUCCUCUAUGUGGUGAAGUCCGGUGACAGAACUGUCAAAAAUUUGGCGAGUGCGUUCUUAUAUUGACGGCGUCCUUGAGGCGGUAUCUCGUCUUCUAACACCACUGGGGAUCGUCAUCGCCAUCGGCCAGAGUCAAAAAUUCGACAUCUAGUCAUGAGACCUACGACCCCCUGCCAUGCGGUGAAACAACAAACGCCAUCUAUCGGAUCCAAUGCAGCUCCUGCGGACUGAGCUAUAUUUGAGAGACCGGCAAACAACUGCAGAUCCGUGUUGGAGAACACAUGCUGGCAGCAAGGAGGAUGGACACGUUGUCUCUGGUGGCAGAACACUGCGCAAACUCUGGACGCACGUUCGCCCACCAGUAUGCCGAAAUCCUGGGCCGAGAAAAUGACCGCAUAGCCAAGAAAACAAUCGAGGCCUGAUGCAUCGGCGCGAGCUCCAUCAACCACUGUAUAGCGCUUUCCGAAGCCUACCGGGUCCUCCGGGCGCAGCUUAGUGAAAGAAAUGGCAAACGCGAGCUACGAAAAGACAGGAAUCCAAAGACGGCCUGAUCCAUGGGGGACACACAAGCAGCUGAAGAAGUUGCAAACGUCACUUCAGCCGCGUCAUCCACUAGUCCGGCAGGUGAGAAAACGGACGGUCGCGGUAACGCAAACGGACCCGGCGACGGUGUUAUCGUCACUGUCACUUAUCCGACAGGUGAGAACACAGACGGUCGCGGGGUCGCAAAAAAUUGCCAGCCUAGAUCGAGAACUAAGAUCAGUGCUGACAAGUGCGAUGACGGCUAGCGUCCGAACUCCGACCCCUCACGAGAGGUUAACCCGUUGUAACAAACUCGUCAGCACCUAUAAAUACUAUGAGGCACAGCAGAACACUCACCUUCUACGAUGAAGGGUUGUUUGGUUUUGAAACGUCAGGGCAAUAUAAUGAUGGUUCCCGAGAUCGCCUCUUCUUCUCAUUUAUGCGUGUCUUCGCUUCUCUCAGCGCUAUAUACAGUGCGUGACCGAUCUCAUGAAAUGUUGGCCGAAAUUCUGAAAUUCGUUUUCUAUUAGGAAGGAUUAUUUAGGCGGGGUUUUAAUAUUGAUUAGCAUGCAGCAUAAUCCUAUAGCAUUUCGGACUCGGCAGGAUGUUGGCUUUUGUAUGCACUCCUUCUUGACCUCCUGCAGACACCGUACUCGGUCAAAAAUGGACAUGCAUUUUUCGUAUAGAUUUUCGAUGAACCUAUAAGUUCACAUAUAUUUUACAGAAAACGUGCACAAGAAUGGCUUUCUUUUACUCAUUUGGUAGAAAACAACAUUGUCUUUGCAUUUAAUGCACGAAGAAAGUGUAUAUUUAGGUUUUGAAAACGUUUCCCAGUUCCUGAAUAAUUUUGAACCCGAUCUGCCAGUGCAUUAGAGUUUGGCGAUCACUUAUAUGUAUAUGUAAUGCUGCAAAUACAUUGACCGACUGGGUUGGUGGAUCUGCGGGCCCAGAAAAUCAUCUGACUAAUCUCAGUAGUAAGUUUGAUGCGGCCUUUAUUAAAGUUGACUGGUGUAUUACUCGUCUGCUGGGAGGACGUUUUACUCUUAAGUGAAGCUCAAUCUAUCAAGUGGACGGCCACAUUUAGUAUUACCCAGUGGAUAAUUUCAGCGUCUGAGCAGUCCGAGAGGUCACGCGCGCAAAAUAAUCGGUCUGUCACUGAUGGGGGAGGCAUCGCGUGUCAUGACGAUGAAAUGCUGCUACAAUUCGGUGCUGAUGAUUUAUUGUCCUGAGUGACCUUUCUUCUGACUUCCCACUAGCGCCUACUGUGUUGAUUUUCGGUGGAGGACGAAAGUGGUUUAAGUGAAGCUGGGCACCAAAACUAUAAUUUAUGGCAGUGCGUGGGAUGCUUUUUCAACAUGACCCAGAGCAAACGGCCAAAUGUUUGUCCCCAAUUCCUCACUGACUUGUGUCCCUGCACGGAUCAAUAGCUACUGGAUAAAAUUGCCAAGACUUAUUGUGUGCUAACUGCCACUGCUUCACUCUUAGUUAUUUAGGACCACCACCGCUGCAAGGGAAGGACUGGAAAUUGGACUGAUCAGAUUUAUUACGUACACAUCUACGCGUGCCACAUACGUGCUAGCCACCGUGAAUGUGCGCUCCACUCUAAUGUCUCGCACCUUACAAUUACCAUAGCGUCUUUAGGGCCACAUUAGGCGAGAGCCAUUACGACCCAAUCCUCCCGUCAGUUUGCAACCUCCCGAACCGCAAUUUUGUUGUGUAGGUGUGGCCUGAAAGCGCCUUGGAUUUUUUAUGACAAAGUAUGCUUUGCAUCGGCGCACUGGCAAAAUCAGGCGCAGUUGUGUUGGACCGACAGAAAGUUCCAGUCUGCAACCUUACACCCGCAACACGGCUGGCCUCUAUUUAUUGCACGGACCGGAAUGUGCCCGACUUGGCGGGGUGAGGGUAGUCUCGCGGGCUGCAGCCAAACUUCCUUAUCAUCAUUGCCACACUAUAUGCAUCACUCCCUAAUAAGGAGGCUAAUAGACGCUUGGAUCGGCGCCAUCGUCCUGACUGCCACUGCCGAUUGUAUCGUUUUUUUUUCAGAUUUCGACUGUUUGCGCGCUCCCUCUUUGCUGACACCCUAUACCGAAGCCGGGGCGCGCGCAUGAAUGCCUAAUUUAUCCCACAGGAAUUCUUAACUCUUUCAUCUCUCUCUCUCUCGCCUCUGCCAACCUUUCGGCCCCGAACAGGGCGCUUUUUGCAGGCGAAGUAUCGCUGUGCGGGCACGUAUUCUGCAUGUUCGCUUUUGACAAAAGUCUAACUUCCAGGCCUUACGAUGCUCUGGAGAAGUGCAGGGGGAGGAAAAGUAGGAUGGAAUUAGUACAACUGGUUUCGUAAAAUGUUACUACCAACGGAUAGCUAGAAUACUCUACCAGCGACAGGAUUAUCAGUUUUUACCCCAUUAUCUGUAACUUUUAAGUGUCCCAGAAAGUGGAAUCGUCGUGAACAGGCGCCUCUCCUGUCAACCCAGUCACCUUUUUGUCCCGUGCAUUCACGAAUGCGAGGUAAGAGAACGUUCUUGCCGGGUGGUGGUUAGAUGACUGCAGUCUGAGUAUAAAAAGAUUACUCUGCCUAUUGCAGCGACGACUACCCCCAAAGGGGAGGGGACACAGUGUGCCGGUGACAAGUAGUAGGUAAAGAAGACGAUCACGCAAAUCAGAUGGCAGAUUUAACGCAUCAGUAAAUGAAAUCCCAGUUUCCACCAUGGUUGCUAGUUAGAUUACAAUUUCUUGAUGGGGCUUUUACAAUUACAGCUUCUUUUGUUCGCCUGCAUAGACUAGCGGCGGGGUGAGGAAGAUCGUAUGAUAGGACUCACGUGAUGUAUCAGAGUAUCUUUUGCAUGUAACGCCUUGAGCGCAUCUCUCUUUUGGCGUCCGUGCUAGAGCUGAUCACAAGCCGAACCCUAUGUGUGUGUCUGUGAUCGUACGGCUUCUAACAUCAUCACGGUCCGUGCUGCAGUAGUCUUUGUUUGCUUGAUGUUAUCUUGAAUCCGUCUUGUUGUUCUGCCUGAAAAACCUCUGUCAACUCAGGUGGUUGAAUGAGUCGAGCAUGUGCGAGUCCGUAAGCCACCUCGCAUCAAGAUCUAUACCUCACCGGGGUCAACCUCGUGACACGCUUGGUCGUGCCAGUUUUCGCCCUGAUUGCUGUGAGCAUAUUCCGGCUGCUUGAGUCAUAGGCGGAGCCUUGCCACUACGAGUUACAGGCCCGGUUCCGAAUAGAAAAUUGAGAAUUUUGACGCCAGUGGGGAGUGGGAGAGAGUAUUUUAUUCUGUGCAGAAUUAUUGGAUAAUGAGUUGAAGGAAGAUGACAGCCGGACUAGGGGAUACGCUCGACGCUGCGAGGGAAGAUGAUCCGAGUGUCUGUGAGGAAGGCGUCAGAGGGCCUUGAAAUUGAUUGACUGUUUUAUGAUAGCUGUGAUUGGCCGAGAACCAGGGACUCGGACCAGGUCGUCUAAAAGUGCGUAUCUGAAUAUCUCAAAAAUGACUUAUGUGAAUGACGGGUUUGACUAAAAAUCAGAGUCGCGGAUCGCACCUACCACAACACACCCAAAGAGACACAACCGAAACAUGGACAGGUGGGCGUACCGAAGGCGCAGCAAAACAAAAAGGAGUGCAGUAGGAGGAAAUCCAGGAGACCGAAAGAUAUGGCAAACUAAGGCGCCACAACAGAAGAACUCGCGAGAAAACAGCAAAGCCAAGGGUAGGAAAAAGGAGAAAAUGCAGUGGCGGUAGGCAGGCAAAUAGUAAUAGGAAACAGAAGUGAUUCAAACGGGGGUAGAAGGCAAAACGGACCUCCUUGACUUAGGAAUCAGCACAGCAGACCGUCUGUGUGUUGCGCGGACGUACUUUCACGCCUUCCCGCCACAACCAGCCGGGCAGUCGAACCUCACGACACGGCCGUUAACGCUAUUAUCGUUUCCGAACCCACUCGCACGCUCGCCCCUUCAUCACACACUUCGAUAAGCUUAAACCCUACCGAGGUCGCCUGCUAACCUGCUGCCCUGACUAUUUACCCAUCCUUCCUGCCAGCCAGGUCCCCCUGGUUGCCAUUGUGGUCACCGUCCCCUCACCUAUCGUCGAUCUCAACACUAAAGACAUUGCUCCACCUUGGGGGGGGGGGGGGCAAUGUAGACAAUAGACAGAAAAAGGUUAUGAGGCGAGCACUGUGAAACACCGUCCUCAACCGCCCCUUCGUUGACUGCUGGCCACCGACAUGAACGGCCGACAAAGCGGCCCCAUCCUAUCUCAGGGCGCCUUCGGUACGCCUACCUGUUCAUGGUUCGGUUGUGUCUCUGGGUCAUUGUGGUGCGUGUGAUCCGCGACUCUGAUUUUUAGUCAAACCCGUGAAUGACACAUCGACGCCUUGGACCCAUGAGAUCUACAGUCCCGACGCCUUCAUAAUUUAUUUGUUUCUGAAUCUCGACAGCUGGAUUAAUUCUUUAUGAAACCCUAAAAUGCAAAUGACGAGACGGCGACCUGGCAUCUGGCUAAUGAUUACUGCGGUAUUUGCCUACUGGCCGGCUGCAGGAGUGUAGCUGCCGAGUAAUAAACUUUCAGAGAGCAAGGGUAUGAUUUGUGGCCGGGCCAUUUUCUCCGGGAGCAUUUCUGUUGACCAGAAGAGCUGAGCAGCUAAUACCUUUGUGUGAUCACAAAUUUCGAAUUUCCAUAUCGUCACCAAUUAAAAGGGGACGCUAUAAUCACUAUUUAACAAUAAUAGUAAAUGAAUUUAACGCCCCUUUACAGGCAUUGUUUAAAAGAUACUGCACUGUCGUGUGUUUGCUCUGAUGACUGCCUUAAAGCAUCUUGACUACUCGCGCGCAACAGCCACUGCGCGGUCCUCUCAUUUCUGCCUCUGGCACGUACAAAUAAAUAUCGCCAGUUAUUUUCUAAUGGCGCAAUUUCUUCCACGAGUAAAUAACCCCAACCCUAAACCAUCCACUUGCCCUUUCAGAUUUUUGAGCCUUUGUGGUUGACUUUCAUUUAUCUCCCCGCGGCCGACCUGCAAUUCACAAAUUGACUGAUUAGAUUGUCUUAAACAUACAGUCACUUAUGCUUCGUCGUAAGAUGGAAACAAACGCCCAGUAGAUCAGGCACUAAUCUAUACAUUUAAGAUACCCAGCUGACUGAAUCUUAAGCCCGAAUGACCAUUACAGCCCACACCUUGCCCCCUACUCCUUUUUCAUUACAGAUCAACCAUGAGACCCGGGAGGGGGGGGGCUGUGCCUAAUCCCCGAAAGGCAGCUACUCCCUGCCGCGAAAGCACUACCUUUUCGCAGUCGUUUAAUUCUUCCGAAAUUGCCAGCGAUGCGUCAUAUGGUGCUGGAAACAAAUUGUCUGCGCGGGGGGUUUCUGAGGCCUCUUUCUCACUCCCCCAGUAGGCAUGGGGAUUUAGUGUCAAGAUAUUCCCUGAUCGCGAGCCUCCUUUUUCACAUUUUCCCGGUGGCAAAGAGGGGCCGAUCUUAAAUGACCUAUUCAUAGAAGUAUUUAAUUACCUUAGAAAAAAUUAGUUCGCUCGCAUUUGCACCGCGAUUGUUUAGACUGAGUUUUAAAAACUUUUCUAUCUCUGUUUUUCUCCAUUCCAACUCGUACAAUUGGCACUGCUGUCUGAUUUCUGCAUCACACAGAGCCGAUCUGUCCGUGAAUUUGACGAGAAUCUUACCGUCGAUAUGUUUGGAUAUUCUUCGGUGGAAGAAUACUACAAUCAGGCGUCACCGGCUAUCAAACUGGAUACCGUCAAAGUACCUCUCCUCUGCUUCGUGGCGGCUGAUGACCCUUUCGUUCCACUAAGCAGUAAGUAUCAGUUAGGAGUUUUUGACAGAUCACAAGAAGUCUAAAGAUGCACUGAGUUUAGAGGAGAGAGGGUGUCGGACAGUUGUCUGUGUGAUACGUCCUGGUCACUUUUCCUACUGCAUUAUUGCCACUACUUUAGGUGGCCUAACUCAUGAAAUGUCAAGCGAAAUUUCGAAAUGCGUUCUCGUUUCGAAAAGGUUAAUUAUGUAGGGUUGUAAACCUAAUCAUCAUGCAGCAUAAUGCUAUACUGAUCCAGUUACCUCAGGGUGUCGGCUUUCGAAAGAACUUAUUUUCGGCUGCAUGCAAGAUCUAUGCUCUGCAAAAAUGACUACGUAAGUAGCGCGCAAUUUUCCCAUUGCUUUUCGAUGCCCUUGAAAAUUCAAUUACAUGGAAACCAUGCAUAAAAAUAUUCAUUUUUUCAGUUAUUCCGUAGAAAAUCACGAUUCCUUCCAAUUUUAUACUCGAAAGGAGAGUAUAAUCCGGUUUUAAAAAAACGGUUCUAAUUCCCGAAUAAUUUUGACCCAGAUCUGCUGCUACACGUGCAUUCAGGGUUUCAAAACUACGGGCCGUAUCUUUUUCGCGUACGGGAAACCGUACAUUUCUCUACGGAAUUAAGAGGAGACCAUGUGGGGCUCAUACAAUUAAGCAGUGGAAUUGAGCCAUAUUGUUAGCCUUACAAGCCAAAUUGGUAAAUGCAGAGACAUGAUGUUCUAUGAACUGCCAUUUUACGGUUUUGAAGAAUCUGACGAUUAGAAACUUUUUGAAAACUGAAUUAUACCCUACCUUCGAGCAUAAAAUUGGAAAGAGACGUAAUUUUCUAUCGAAUGACCGAAAGGAUGAAUAUUCUUGUGCAUUGUUUCCUGAAAUAUAAUUGAAUUUUCAAGGACAUCGAAAACCAGUCAGAAAAUUGAAUGCUAUUUAAGCAGUCAUUUUUGCAAAGUAUAAUUCUUGCAUACAGUCGGAAAUAAGUUCGUUCUAAAGAAGGCACCCGGAGUUAACAGGAUCAUUCUAGAAUUAUGCUGUAUGAUGAUUAGUUUUACAACCCUACUUAAUUAAUCUUUUCGAAACGAGAGUGCAUUUCGAAAUUUCGGCUGACAUUUCAUGAGUACGCCCACCUACUGUAUGUCUGAUAACUCUAUACUUUAGCAAAUUACUCAGUCUCUUGUGUGUUUUGGCCCCAAAUUCCAACCCUUAACAUGCGAGCCGAAUUUGGCAUCCGCACUUCUUAGUGUAGCAUGCCUGUUUUCCACCCAGACGCAUUUUUGGACACAGUGGUACUUCACCCUAGUGCAGGGCUCUCUUAUUGCUUUCUGAUACAAUUCGGACUCCGUGCGGCUGCCCGUCUUAGUGAGUUUAUGAGUAAAAGUAGUCAGUCACCUUUGGUUUGCAUCACGUGUCGGUCCUUGCAAACAGCUGACUCUUACUCGUGCUCAUUACAUAUCUGUAGUUGCUGACCUAGCUGCCGAAAAGCAUGCAGGAUUGUCAUUGGUCAGGUUAAUCGCGUAUGCGAUAAUCUUUGCAGCACUUUUGGACCGCCAAAUUACAGUGAGUGACCGAUCUCAUGAAAUGGUGGCUGAAAUACUGAAAUGCGUUUUCGAUUAGGAUGGAUUACUUAGUCGCGGUUGUAAUACUGAUUAUUUUAAGACAUACUCUUAUAACAUUUCGGACUUGGCAGGAUGUCAGCUUUUAAAUGCACUCCUUUCCAAUCUCCUGUAGAAAGCGUGCUCGGUAAAAAAAAUGACUACUUAAGUAGCAUGCAUUUUUCCCAUUGAUUUUCGAUGGUGUUGCAAGUUCAAAUAUAUUUUAUAGAAACCAUAAACAAAAAUGUGCUUUCUUUUAGUCAGUCAGUAGAGAAUCACGUCUUCUUUAUAUUUUCUACUUAAGGAAGGAGUAUAAUUAGGUUUUUAAAAAGUUUUCUAAUUGCCGAAUAAUUUGGAGCCUGAUCAUUCGUUGCAUUAGCGCUUAGUGAUUUCACUCUAUAAGGUGCAUGCGUUCCACGUAAGGAAAGUCACAUAUUUUUCUGUGCCAUUAAAGAGAUAUCAUACAGAGUCCAUAAAAUUUUGCAAUGGAUGCGGACCAUGUUAAACAUUUCAUGAGGAGCGGCGGUAAACGGCCAGGUACGAUGCUAUGUGAAUGGACAUUUCGCGGUCUUAAAAAUUCUAAUAAUUAUGAGCUUUUUAAAAACCUAAUUAUACUCCUUCCUUAAGUAUCAAAUAUAAAGAAGACGUGAUUCUCUACUGAUUGACUAAAAGAAAGCAUACUUUUGCGUGGUUUUUAUAAGAUUUAUCAGAAUUUGCAAGACCAUCGAAAAUCAAUGGGAAAAAGGCAUGCUACUUAAGUUGUCAUUUUUUACCGAGUACGGUUUCUACAGGAGAUUGAAAAGCAGUGUAUUCAAAAGCCGACAUCCUGCCGAGUCCGAAAUGUCAUACGAUUAUGCUGCAAGAUGAUCAGUAUUACAACCGCGACCAAGUAAUCCUUCCUAACCAAAAACGCAUUUCAAAAUUUCAGCCAACAUUUCAUGAGCUAGGUCACUCGCUGUAUCUUCAAGAUCAACGUAGAUCCGUUGUUUUGUCAGCUCUUAGGUAACUGUAGUCAAGAGUGAUUGGAUUCUGCUCAUUCUAAAUUCUCCGGCCCAGACAUUUGAUUCGUGCACCUUCACUGACCGAGCACGAACACGGGAGUUCCAAGUCAAAAUGAGCAUCCAUCUCCCAGGUGAGCAAUUAUCUGGAGCCCCAACACAUUCUUGCCGCAUCCGCCUUAAUUGUUAAGCACAUUCAUCCACCGCAUGGCCUAUUCGGUUACGUGCGUAUCCAUGACAGCAGAAUACGCUGAAGUAUCGAUCUGCCUAGCACACCUUGCACAUCCACCAUCCCCAGCCCAGUCAUUUCCCCAUCGCCCUGCGCGCCCACCGCGAACAACGGCCGUAUUACCACCACCGAAACCGAGUCUGCGGCACCGGACCUAUCCUGUCCACGCUGUCACCGCACAUUCACCCCACGUAUCAGCCUGGCCGGUCACUUGCGAAUCCAUCGCAUGGCAAACCAGUGUCUGGAACACCGACAUACACCAGACGCCAUCGCCUCAACUACCCUACUUGAUCUCGCACAUUCAGUCGCCGCACGGACCUGACUCGCGCCAUGCGCAUUCUGGACUGUGUCUUGACGCCGGGCCCAGAUGGGGGAGGGGGAAGGGGGUGCGAUUGAUGCUGCGUAAGCCUGCUGUAGCUGUAAAAUAAAUCACGCGCAUCAGAUAUGUUCUCACCCUGCUGUGGAGCAGAGGGUGGGCGUUGAAAUCGAUGGUCAAACUGCCCUAUCCCAAUAUGCAUAUGCGCAUACAGUAGGUGGGCUAGCUCAUGAAAUGUCAACCGAAAUUCUGAAGCGCGUUUUCGUUUAGAAAUGAUUAAUUAGGUAGGGUUGUAAAAGUAAUCAGCCUGUAGUAUAAUUCUACAAUACUUCAGUUACCUCAGGAUGCCGGCUUUCGAAUGAACUUCGUUCCGGCUGCAUGUGAAAGCUGCACUUUGGAAAAAAUGAUUCCUUAAGUAGGAUGAACUUGUAUCAUUGAUUUUCGAUGCCCCUAGUCUAAUUGUAUUUCAUGCGAACCAUGCAUAAAAAUAUUCAUCAUUUGGCUCAUUCGGUAGAUAAUUACGUCUUCUUCUAAUCUUAUACGCGAAGGAAGGGCAUAAUUUGGUUUUCAAAAAAAUUUCCAAUUCCCGAAUAAUUUUGAACCCGCUUUACCGUUACACUUGGAUUCAGGGUUUAGAAACUACAAGACGUAUAUUUUCCGCGUACGGAAAAUCACACAUUUCUUUACGGUUAUAAAGAAGGGUCAUAUAGGGUUCAUAAAAUUAAGCGGUGGAUUUAUCCAUAUUGUCAACUGUACAAGCCACAUUGGUAAAUGCAGAGAUAUGACGAUUUAUGAACGGCCAUUUCACGGUAUUUAAAAGUCCUACAAUUAGAAACUUUGUUUAAGACCAAAAUAUGCCCUUCCUUCGCGUAUAAGAUUAGAAGAAGACGUAAUUAUCUACCGAAUGAGCCAAAUGAUGAAUAUUUUUAUGCAUGGUUCGCAUGAAAUACAAUUAGACUAGGGGCAUCGAAAAUCAAUGAUACAAGUUCAUCCUACUUAAGUAAUCAUUUUUUCCAAAGUGCAGCUUUCACAUGCAGCCGGAACGAAGUUCAUUCGAAAGCCGGCAUCCUGAGGUAACUGAAGUAUUGUAGAAUUAUACUACAGGCUGAUUACUUUUACAACCCUACCUAAUUAAUCAUUUCUAAACGAAAACGCGCUUCAGAAUUUCGGUUGACAUUUCAUGAGCUAGCCCACCUACUGUAUGCGCAUAUGCAUAUUGGGAUAGGGCAGUUUGGCCAUCGAUUUCAACGCCCACCCUCUGCUCCACAGCAGGGUGAGAACAUAUCUGAUGCGCGUGAUUUAUUUUACAGCUACAGCAGGCUUACGCAGCAUCAAUCGCACCCCCUUCCCCCUCCCCCAUCUGGGCCCGGCGUCAAGACACAGUCGAGAAUGCGCAUGGCGCGAGUCAGGUCCGUGCGGCGACUGAAUGUGCGAGAUCAAGUAGGGUAGUUAAGGCGAUGGCGUCUGGUGUAUGUCGGUGUUCCAGACACUGGUUUGCCAUGCGAUGGAUUCGCAAGUGACUGACCAGGCUGAUACGUGGGGUGAAUGUGCGGUGACAGCGUGGACAGGAUAGGUCCGGUGCCGCAGACUCGGUUUAGGUGGUGAUAAUACUGCCGUUGUUCGAGGUGGGCGCGCAGGGCGAUGGGGAAAGGACUGGGCUGGGGAUGGUGGAUGUGCAAGGUGUACUACUAGGUGAAUCGAUAUUGCGGCGUAUUCCGCUGUCAUGGCUACGCACGUAACCGAAUAGGCCCAUGCGGUGGAUAAAUGUGCUAAACAAUUAACCGACAGGGCAACGGGCUCGUGGCCCGGUGGGUAGAGGCGUGGACUUCUGAACCAACAUGUCGCGAGUUCGAGGCUCGGGUGUUCCACACUUCGGGCUUGGGUAUGCCUGGCUGACGACGGCUAAUAAGCCAGAAAUGGCCAUUCCAGUCUCACUUGUCGUUGUCGAUAAUAUCAUUCUGCCUAUAUAUCAUGCGCCGCUGUGCGGCUGCUGGUUGGGCUCGAGAGAGAGAGAGCCCUUAAGGCACAACGGAACGAGUGAGUGCCUUGGGGCUCCAUCUCUCGGUCUAGCAGCCGUAUAGCGGCUCGUUGUGAUCGGGCAUGGUCGAAGGACGCUCACCAAUCAGACUGCGGGCGGCUCUCGUCCCGUUUUUUUCCGCGGGGCUCAAUCUAGAGCAAUCGCAGGUAGUCGCAUAACGACUAGUACUAUAUGCUGAGAUAGGGUGCCGACACUUUAUAACGAACUUGAGAUUCCGUGUUGUAAACUGACAACUGUACCCGACACCUCCUCUAGACGCCAUGCUUUUUCAAUGUCCCACCUGCAGCUUAACCUUCAGUUGUCUCAUCUCCGCGUUAUCUUAUCCCCAAUAGGCAUCCCACUGGACGCUAUCGGGAAGAGUAGCCACGUCAUGCUAGUUCUCACCAAACACGGUGGACACAUUGGUUUCCUCGACAGCCUGCUGCCUACGGGCCCGAAUCUGAUGGACCGUGCAGCUGCCCAGUUUUGUUCCGCUGUCUUCGAGAACCUAGAGGAACUGUCGGUGGCAGCGCGUGAUCAGACGGUAGCAGAUGAACCGCAGACCGUCAACUAA